GGCGACGUGGGAUGUAUGUGAACUAAAGAGUAAAAUAUUUCAUAUUCAGCUAUGUGACACAAAAUAUUGUUUCACCCUGAAAUAAAUUUUUAAUCUUGAAUGUUUUAAUUUCCAUUAUUUACAUUUAUCGUGGAAUAAGGAUGUGAUAUUUGUGGUUAUGAUGAUUUUCAUAAUACUGGCGUGCGUGAACGACUCGCUCGCCAGGCUCGAAGGCCUUUUUGCAAAUAGUGUUAUUGCUAAUUUAUAUGAUACGUAAAAUGAAAGAAGGGUUCACUAAGUGCAUAUUCGAUCAAUGUUGUAUAAAACUAUGUUAUUUUCUGGAAACUCAGCGUAUGUGUUGCGCUUGAAAUCGGCGCUUUCAGUGAAAGGCACAUAACCUCGAUUGUUCAUGUUGUGUUAUGUGUCAGCAAAGGCAUCAAGCAUUUUGCUCUGCCCAUCACAUUUUGAAAUGUUCGUAUAAAGUUAUAUUAGCCCACAAUGUGUGCGAGUUAAAUAUACAUUUUGAUAUGAAAUGAAACAGGUAUUAUAUUCACUAUGAAUUCCAAAAUAAAAGGAUUGACAUCUGUCAAUGGAGAACAGAACACAGGCUGUAACUCCUGCUUUUCCAGAACAAACAAGGAACAUUGGGAUGAUGUCAUUCCUGUACCAAAACCCCCAGGCACCUUGUCAGUACUUACAGUUGCUUUCUUUGCAAUAUUGUGUUAUGCAAAUUCAUUAGAUGGCAAUUUUGUAUUUGAUGAUUCAGAAGCUAUUAUAAAUAAUGAUGAUGUACGCCCUGAAAAACCUGUAGGGGAUAUAUUUUACAAUGACUUUUGGGGAACACGACUUACCAGCAACAGAAGUCAUAAAUCAUACCGUCCUUUGACAGUAUUAUCAUUCAGAUGGAAUUAUUGGCUUAGUGGUGGAUUGUAUCCAUGGAGUUUUCAUUUAAGUAAUAUAUUGUUGCAUGCCCUUGUGAGUGUACUGGCACAUGCAGUAUUUGGUAAUCUCCUUGGAGAUCGCUGCCCUCGAGCUGCAUUUUUGGCAGCAAUCCUGUUUGCUGUGCAUCCUGUUCAUGCUGAAGCGGUUGCUGGUGUUGUUGGCCGUGCAGAUCUCCUGUGUGCUCUGUUUUUCUUUUUGUCUUUUGUAGUAUAUCGCAACUCUUUGCUUCAAUCAUCUUUAACUACACAAUGCAUUGCAAUGAGUUUUAGUAUGAUAUUGGCUGGGCUUGCAAUGUUCUCAAAGGAGCAGGGUAUAACAGUUAUUGGUUUGUGUAGUGCUUAUGAUGUAAUUGUGUACUCUAAAUUGCACCCUAUCAGUAUUUUGAAAUACUCUUGGCAAAAUAUCAUCAAAUUAAUUCCUCUGCCUCAUAAAAAGAAUUAUUCUGAUAGUGAAGGAAAACCUAUUAUCAGUUUAGAUAUUAAUUGUGCUAAUGGAAAAUCAGUGCAGGUUCAGCAGGGUAAUAUUCCAUCAUUGCGUCAUCUUGCUGUGAGACAUAUUAUUCUCUUUGUAACUGGUAUGUUUCUGCUGUUACUUCGAUGGAGGAUAAUGGGAUCUACUCCUCCUGUCUUCCAAAAAGUUGACAAUCCAGCAUCAUUUGCUGAAUGCUUCCUUACUAGAGCCAUGACUUACAAUUAUUUAUAUGCUCUUAAUGCCUGGCUUUUGUUGUGUCCUGAGUGGUUGUGCUUUGACUGGUCCAUGGGUUGUGUUCCGCUGCUGAAUCCCCAGUUUCCUGUUGAUCCACGAGUCAUUGCUGCAGUCAUGUUGUGGGUGGCUAUGAUUUUGCUACUGCGAGCAUGCUUGAAUCAUUCUUGCAGCAGAACUCGAAGGAGUUUAACAAUGAGUCUGGCUCUUCUUAUCAUUCCCUUCCUGCCUGCCACAAACAUUUUCUUUCAUGUUGGAUUUGUGUUGGCUGAAAGAGUGCUAUACCUCCCCUCAGCAGGUUUCUCUCUUCUGAUUGUAGUUGGGAUGCGCCAAUUAUAUAUGUUGUUUCCAUUUCGACGGAUGUUGCAGUUGAGUUAUGUUUUUCUAAUAUUAAUUUUCAUAUCACGUGCUGUCUGGCGCAGUGGAGAAUGGCGAACUGAAGCUACACUCUUCCAAUCAGGACUGCAAGUCUGUCCACUAAAUGCUAAAGUACAUUACAACAUUGCAAAAGAUGCUGGUGACUCAGGCAAUAGAACAUUUGCUCAUAUGGAAUACAGAGAAGCACUGAGACCAAGCUUUGCUGCAGCUUGGAUGAAUCUAGGAAUAGUUCUGGCUGGUUUGAAACAGUAUAAAGAAGCAGAACAGAGCUAUUUGACUGCCAUCCAACAUAGGAAAAGAUACCCGGAUUGUUAUUAUAAUUUGGGAAAUCUUUACCUUGACCAGAAGCAAUAUGACCGUGCAUAUCAAGCAUGGCGAAAUGCAACUCGUUUGAAGUCAACUCAUGCCCUUGCAUGGAGUAACAUGAUCAUCAUGCUUGAUAACAUAGGUGUGUUGUAUCACCGUUGGAAGAAGUAUAAUAAAGCUGAAGAGCUCUAUCGCAGAGCAUUGGAAAUAGAGCCUCAUCUCCGAAGUGCUCAUGAAAAUCUGGCCAUGUUGCGAAGAACAUUGCAGAAGGCUGGACGCCAACCUCACAUAACACAAUCCUAAUAAUGGUGGAUCUGAAUUAACAAUUGCUCUUCUAAUAUUGGACAAAGUGUCAUUCACAAGAAUGAUUCAAUUACGUAGUAGCCUCCACUGAACUUUCAUUACUUGGCGAGUACACAACUAGAACAACACAUACUAAGAAAAAGAAUAUCUGCCUUAAAGGAGUGUUAAAAAAAAUUAAAUUAUAUAAUUGUUUUCUAUUACCAUUCAUUUCAGGUUGAUAUAAUAAAAUAAAUAGUAUUAAAAGUUUUUAAAUUAAUUACAUUUUAUAUUAAAUCUUACUGAGAUGAAUUGAAAUGAUAACUUGCAAUACAAAAACUAUUACGAUUUGGUUCAUUUUAAAUAUUUCCCCCAUGUGAAUGUGUUGAUCUAACUUGCCUUUAAUGAUAUAAGAGGAGAGCAUUUUAGAUUUGGUUAUGUCUAUGUGAACUACAAAUUCUGAAGCAACUUUACUUCAAUGCAAGAGAUGUUGUGCUUAAGUUUUCUUAAAUUUUCAACAGAUGAUCCAUAUCAAAAAACUGAAGAAAGUGGUUAAUCUUACUAAAUGCAAUGACUUGUACAGCAUCUGUGAUUUCUAGUUUAGUAUUUGUCAUAUGGGAAUUUUUGUUACUAGGUUUUGUGAGUUUGAUCCAAUUUAUGUAAAUAACAGUGCUUUGUAUUAGUAGGUGUAGGUUAUGGGUGCCAUGUAUAUGCCUAUAAUAUACUUAGAGAAAAUGUGUUACCGUUAAAUGAAUGUAAGAAAUGUGAUGUGUUGUAAUAUUUAAUGAAUGCCAUAAAGCAUUGAAACUUAAGUGCCAGACUUCAUUAAUACAUCUCAUAAUCAGGAAGCUCAGUCUUCACUGAGCGAGGUGUGGGUGCAUGGUUUACAGUGCAGAAUUAACUUGCCUGCCUAAGUGUGAGACAUAUUGGCCCACAAUUUGUAUUACUUAAAAAGUUAUUUGGCUGCAUGUUCAAUUGCCAGCUUUGAUGCCAUCAGUUAAUUAAGAUUUUAUACAUAUGUAUACAGAUGAAAUUGAAUAGUUCAUAGUAAUGUAUUUGCAGACUUGUUCUGUUAAAGCACAUCUGUAUGCACACAAUACUUCAGCACAAUUUUAUGAUCUCGCCAACAGGUCUGCAAUAAGUUUGGAAUAAUGUGAGAAAAGUAGUUUACUCAAUAAUACAUUAUCAGAAGUUUCUCAAUAAGGUAACAAACAGAUUUGUAUUGUAUCAUUUUUUCCUUGUACAUUUCCUUAACGAAAUCAUUGUGAUAUUUAAAUUAAAUUUAUAUUAUGUAAAGUUUUAAAUAAUUUGAAUGUAAUAAACAGUAUUAAUAUUGUACCUAUAUCUUUGUUUCAUAAUGUAAAACAUUAAUUACAAAACUAAAGCCAUAAAAAAUGUUUAGAUGUACUUAACUCAGGGCACUUCAAUUUAUGGUGCCAUCUUGAAGAAAAAGCACAAACUACAAUAUGCACAUCAAUCUUUUGUCAUGGUUGUGAACUCUACUGAAAUGUGUGUGCACUAACAUUUUUAUAUUGUAUUGAUUUCAUAUCUUCUGAAAUACAUAUCAGGCUCAGUGAAUGAACCCAGUUUUUAUUAUGGUAUUAAAUUUUAUAACUGUAUUGAAUGUUUUGAAGCAUAGAAACGUGAUGCAGUGUAGUUUAGUUGAAUUUCUGAUGUUUCUAUAACAUUCACUAAUUAAAAUUUCUUAAUAAAAUUGUAUAUUAAUCUUAUUCUUUCAUUACAAAUUUCCAAAAACCUGAACUGUAACAUAAAC